UAUCAAUUAAAAGUAUAUAAUAACAUUUUUAUUGUAAAUUAUGUUUUCCUUUUGAAAAUAAUUUAACUAUUAUGCAUUUAUUAAUUGUUAGUAACUCGUGUGUUCCUUUUACUAAUUUGUUAAGUCAUAAAAGAGUACACUUGUAAUUUAAAUUAGGCAGCUGCAGAAGUGUUAUGAAUACAUUUUUAUGUGGUCAUUACUUAAGUUUGCUGUUUACAUCCCUAUGAUUUUAUAGAAAUACCAUAGCUACAAAUCAAAUGACUUCAAAAUAAUUAUGAGGUUAAAUAUAAGGAGUAUAAGAACAUUAUUACUGAUUGUGAUCAUAUUGAUCUCAGUUAGUGUGCUAUCACUAUGGUCGAAUUGCUCUGGACAAAAUCAUAGGCUAUUUUCAAAUAAAUUUAAACUAACUUAUGAUGCUCAGUUAGUAUAUGACAUUAAACCAAUAGAUUGUUAUAUUAAUGGAAACAACAAUAUAAUAGAUUGUCUCUUGAAUGGAGAUAUUGUUUAUGUACCAUUUUCGUUUUUAAAAAAAUACUUUGAGAUUUAUGGAAAAUUAGUUGAUACGUCUGAAAACAAAAAAGUAUUUCAUUGGUCACAUAGUUAUUCAAAAAUUUAUCAUCAAAUUGGUAAAUAUAAUCCUCGUGGAGUUUUUACAAAUUUUAAAAAUUACAAAGUGGAAGAAAGGGAUCGGGUAAAAUGUAUUAGUGCCUCAGAAGGUGUUCCUGUAUCAACACAAUGGAAUCCUCAAGGCUAUUAUUACCCAACACAAAUAGCUCAAUUUGGUUUAUCUCAUUAUAGUAAAAAUCUAACUUCAUUGGAACCUAGAGUUAAAGUAUUAGAAGAUGGACUGUUAAAUUCUAAAUGGAUUAUUCCACAUUUGUCUAAGUUACACACUACUUUUAACAUCCAAAGAAAUAGCAGUGUUUUAAAGUUCACAAGUAUUGAAGAAGAAAUAAUAAUAAAAAUUGAUAGUGAAGAAGAUUUUAUCAUUAAUUUUGAUGUGGCAUUGUCUGUUUCUACUAGUAGUAGUAUUGUUAUUACGGUAAAGGAUAUUAAAGCCUCAGAUGAGGUUUGGAAUCUUCAUUAUAUAUGUUCAAAUUCUUUCAUAUCUGCUAAGGGUCAUAAUAUAUAUCAUGGAAUACGUUGUCAUAAAGAUUUUAUUUGGAAAAAUUUAUCAAGAAACAUUCUAAUUGACUUACAAAAAGGUUUUCAUAUUUUAAAAAAGUCAACUGUAAAAAUGAUGCGUGUUAAAUAUAAAUUGUGCGACUUUAAACUUGUAGGUAUUGGGUACAUAGAUAAUCUAAUUCUAAGUUCAAGUGAUCAUAUAAAACAAUUUUAUGCUGCUGCACAUUGGUUUGUAAAACAUCAAGAUAAAAAGUCAGGAGGUUGGAGAAAUCCAGUUACUCGUAAAAUAUUUCCAUCAAUACCUCCUUUAAAACCUGGAUGGAUAUCAGCUAUGGGCCAAGGACAAGCUAUAUCAUUAUUAGCUAGAGCUUACUAUCAUUCUGGAGGAAAUGAACUUUACUUAAAGUCUGCUUAUUAUGCACUUAAACCAUUUAAAGUCCAAAGUAAAAAUGGAGGUGUAUUAGCUAAGUUUAUGGAUAUUUAUCCUUGGUACGAAGAAUAUCCAACAAUUCCUCCAAUAUUCAUUUUAAAUGGAUUUAUGUAUUCACUUAUUGGUUUAUAUGACCUUUUUAUGUUAGCUCCAAAUGGUUCUCAGAUAGCACAGGAGUCUUAUACAUUAUGGCAUGAAGGAAUGUUGUCUUUAAAACAUUUGUUACUUAUGUUUGAUAUGGGUUCAAGAUCAGCAUAUGAUCUCAGACAUUUGACACUUGAAACAUCACCAAAUAUUGCCAGGUGGGAUUACCACGCUACACAUAUUAAUCAAUUACUUUUAUUAGCUACUUUAGAUAACGCAACAGUGUUAAAAAGCACAGCUAAUAGGUGGAUUGAUUACAUGAAUGGUGCUCAUGCAUCACACAAUUGAUGUAAUGAUUUAUUUUUUAUUAUUGAUUAUUUAACCAUAUGGCUGUGAAAUAAAUAUCUGAAAUAAAUUUUAAUUACUUAAUAUUUUGUUAAAUUGUUAUUUUACUAGCAUUAUAGAUGUAUAGAAUAAAAAAAAUCUAUAAUUUACUAAUCAAAAAAUAUAACAUAUUUCAUAAUUGGAUUGUUGGAAAUUAUUAUCUAUAUAAAUUAUUUUUUUUAUUUAUCAUAGAAUAUCAAAACUCGAUUUUGACAAAUUUGAAAUCAUAUCAUCAAAUAAUUAAAUAUAAUUCGUUUAGUAAAUUUUAAAAGUAAACAUGGACAAUUUUCUU